GGACCCCAAAUACCCAUGCUAUCCGUUGGGGUUGUAGUGACCACCCUGCUACUUGUUCAGGGUAGGCUGUGAAUUGGUUUGGUUAUAUGGGUGCCCUCUCCGCCCUAAACUGCGCACCAUGCUCUCACCCAUCUAUUGCGAUCUCGCCCACCAGGAAUGGAAUCAGAAUGAAAGAGCCCACCAUGCACCGUGCAUACUUCACGAUGGGCCGGAGCCAGCGAUUCUGGCUCAGGUCGUUAUCUAAUGUGGUGAUGGCUUUCAUGGUCGUUAUUGGCCUAAUGAAGAUGUUCUCCCAAUUCCCCCUCACGAGGAACAAUCAUCAGAGCCUCAACCUGUUAUCCGCAAGGUCACUAUGGUCUAUGGUAACCGAACCUCUUAUUAUCGAGGUUUAAAAACCCAUGAGGAUCACUCACUCAAAUUCGGAUAUCCUAUGACCGUUCUGCGCAAACCCAUCCUGGGGGGAUACUGGAGUAAACCUGCCAUUCUCCUAUCAGCUCUCAUCGAAGAAAUGGAAAAGCCAGAAGAAGAUCAAGCAAAAUGGUUAUUUUGGUUUGAUGGAGACACUAUCCUUAUGAACCCCAACAUUCCCCUCGACAUCUUCCUCCCACCUCCUCAAUUCGACGAUACUCAUCUCCUCAUGACCAGCGACUGGAACGGCAUGAACAACGGAGUUUUCUUUAUCCGCGUCAAUCAGUGGGCCAUCGAAUUGCUUUCUGCUACACUUGCCUACCCAACAUCAUAUCCCGAGGUUAGCCUUUUAUUUGCAGACCAGUCCGCCAUGGAUAAUGUUAUCCUUGAGCACGAAUACUUCCGCCGUUCUAUUGUAUUUUACCCUUUGCGAUGGUUCAAUGCCUACCCGCGAAACGCCGAUGCUGUUGAUCUCAACCCCGAUCGCCCCGUGGACUCGCAAGUACAUCAUGGAGAUCUCCUGGUUCAUUUCCCCGGUGCACCACCAGAUCGGUUCGACGAGAUCAUGGACCCCUACCUCAAGGUAGCCGAGGCGCACACACCGGAAUGGGAAUUGCCUCUUCAGAAGACGGGAUAUAUGAAAGAGAUAACGGACUUUUGGCGGGACAGACACGAGUUGUUAUUUGGAGACACACCUGAAUCGUCUGACAACCUUGCUUGAUCGGGCUGGUCCCAAAGAUUCAAGUUUUCUGUAUACAAAAUAACCCGUUGGCUUUUUGUCGCAAACAUCGCUCAUCGAAUGCCGGCACA